ACAGAUUCGUUCGUAGUCAGAAUUUGUUCGUACCCACAUAUUUUUUUUCUUUGCUACUUGAACUUGACAAGAGCUCUUGUUUACCAAAAUUUACCAAAUUAAUUCAAUUCGGAUAUUAAUUUAAUAUUAAAAAUCGCUAAAGCCUUAUUUUUUAAAUUUAAACGGGAGACAUGUUCACCUCGAAGAGGGACGAAUGUCAAGUGGGAGAAGAUUUUAUUCCUUGUCGUGAUGACGGCCCAUUUUCCUCUGGUUUUGUGGAAGAUGUAAUUCCUCAUGUCUGCAAAUUCCUCGGGAUCCAAGACAUCAAACACUGCCGACUAGUCUGCAAAUCCUGGAAUUACGGUGCUACUUCCGUUCUAAAGAACAAGACAAUAAUCAUAAUUCCACUUUACCCUAAAAAAAGCGAUUCAGCCCAUACCGAAGACGAGACCAAGGACAAGCUGACAUUCUCCCACACCAAUGUCUGUCUAGUAAUGGGAGGUCACCAAUCCAUGGAUCCCAAAAUCUUUGACGAGGUCACAAAUCUAAAAUCAAUUGUUGUCCGUUCCUCUACUAAAAAACCGUUGCAGAAGGACUUGUUUCACAAAAUUAUACUGAAUUCGGCCUCCACUCUGAAAACUUUCAUCUUUGGAGGUGGAGAGAGCUUAGAGUUCCCCUCAUUUCGUGGCGUCGUUCUCCCGAAAUUAACACAUCUCGCCAUAUAUCACUUUUGGGAUGAGGGAUCGCAAGAUAUCGAAAGAAUUGGUCACGCCAUCACGGAAGCGUUCCCAGCUUUACAACAUGUCAAAAUAGCCUACCGCUACAUGCCUGGAUUGUCAGAGAUGAAAUUCCUCCCAAAGUUUCCCACAUCAGUAAAUUCCCUGGAAUUACAUGAACUUUUGGACAUCAAUCGGAUGAAUUGUCUGCUGGAGUUUAUGAAUCCUUUAAAGACACUUAAAUUUAGUUCGACUUCGUUUCAAGAUCUUGUGGACGAUUUGCCCUUGCUUUUCUACAAAUUUUUGAAAAAACAAUCCCCCACAUUGGAAAAACUUUGUUUACAAGUAUCUGUAAACAGGAUAGAUAAACUAAAGCUGGACUGGAUUUUUCCUGCAUUUCCGGUCAUGCAAAACUUGACGAUUUGUAACAGUGAUAUGUUUGCAAUCCUUAAAUUUGAAAUUACGCCGGGAACUUUUGCACAGAUUGAUUACAAAAUUUGUCUCCCAGUCUUGCAAAUUUUGCGAGUUUGUAGGACUUACAGCAUUCCCAACAUGGCCCAGGAUUUGUCCUGUAUGGCGGGAUUUCUUCCGUUGAAAGGCGAUAACGCAGGUCCGGUCGUGGUGGAGUCAGUGAAAGUAGUUGACCUCUACAUUUUGGACAAUACCUUGACAACCGACUGCAAUUCAGCGAAGGCUGACCUUAGCAACCAAUUGUUGAAAAUAUUUCCAAACGCGAUGGGUUCAAUCAAAGAUAUGUGGGAAUUAGUGGUUUGAUAAAUUUAUCAAUAUUUGCAAAUAAGAGUUACCUACAUAUUUAAUUGAUUAAUUGUGCUAAAUAAGUAAAUAUGCAAAUAUUAAUUAUUGUGUCUGCCAUGCCACCAUGCUUAUGGCCCUAUUAAUAAUGCUUCCUUAGGGUGAGGAAAGGUCGAGCGGCUCCUUAAUUUAUAUAAACAAUGAAAACUUAGGCCCUCCUCAACCUCAACCUCACCUUGACCUCAGUUGACCCUCAACCUCAGCCUCACCUCAGCUCUUCCAUAUAAUUAAUGAAAACUUUAGGUUGACCUCAACCUCAAAACAUGAGUUUUCCUCGAAAUUUUCAAGGUAGCUCACCUAGCUUCCUUAACGUCAACUUUGGUGUAAAUUUAUCGUUGUUUUUGCAAUUAAAACACUAUUUUUGGCUGAAAUGCCAUGUUCACGGUUAGCAAAUUUUGAUUAUCGUCGGGAACGACAAAUCCGGGUCGCAAAAAUUCCUUUGACCAGACUACGCGACAGGCAAAAUCCUCUCGAGUGGUUUAAUGCUGUAGAGUUCAAGAUACGUUAUCAUAUGUACAAGGAGACUGCAAUUUUUAUUACUGAUCUUAUCAGUCAGGACUUAUCUUACCGAGUGCCUAGAGGUGUGUAUAUUCCACCCGUAAUUCAGUUCUUGACCGUUCUCCGAUUUUACGCCACGGGUAAUUUCCAAACGGAUAACGCCGACUUGCACCAAAUGUCACAGCCAACAAUAUCCAAUCUGGUGAAACGGGUUUCAAAAGCAAUUGCCAAACUUCGUGGUCGCCUUAUCCAUUUUCCAAGCUUCCAAGAGGCCGAUAAAGUGCAACAGGAGUUCUAUAAAAUUGCUGGAUUUCCGGGAGUAAUUGGGAGUAUCGAUUGCACACACAUACACAUUAUAUCUCCUGGUGGCGAUGACGCUGAGCUGUUUCGGAACCGGAAGGGUCGAUUUUCAGUAAAUGUACAAGCCACGUGCGACGCCUCGUUGUGUUUCACUAAUGUCGUCGCUCGAUGGUACGGCAGUGCCCAUGAUUCUAGGAUUUUUGAAAAUUCCCUGCUAUUUGAUGACUUGCAAAAUGGCCGAUCCCCAGGUCUGUUGGUGGGCGACGGAGGAUAUCCACUCCUCCCUUUCCUCCUGACCCCAUUUGAACCGCCAAGGACCCCGUCGGAAUAGCGAUAUAACUAUGCGCAAAUUCGAACACGCAACACCAUAGAAAGGGCCUUUGGAAUUGUGAAACGCCGCUUUCCUUGCUUAAAAAAGUUGCGCAUCAAACUUAACACCAGCUUAAUUGUUAUCGUAGCGGUCUCGAUUCUGCACAAUAUUUGCAGAAAACGACUUGACAUUUAUGAUAACGAUCGGACGGAAGAUAUCGAUGAAGACGUCGAGCUGAUUGGCGAAGAGGCAUCACACGUCGCAGGAAGGAAUUCCGGUUCUGGGCGACUUUUUAGAUCUGCAUUUGUGGAAAAACAUUUUUAGUUAUGCGCACUCAUUUAAACCAUGUUAAUUAUUUAUUUUUGGGCACCUACGAGUAUUGUGGUCCCUCCAUCGAUUUCAAGUUUUGAAAUUAAUAAUUUAACGUCUAGCUCAUGUUUCUCUGUGAUAUGUCGAAUUUCCAGUUUAGCCUUUUCCACUCGUAACUGUUCCGCUUCAUGUGCCAAUACCAACGUCUUAAGUCGCAAUUUGUGCUCCUCGUACUCCCAAUCAAUGAGAGCAGAUCUAGCGUCACGGUUUCGACAUCUUUCUAGUAAUAAGAGAAAUUAUAUUCUUUAGUUUUAUGUAAUUCAUAAAAAUGUGCAAUGUUAUAUGCAAUACAAAUGUAACUUUUA